UGAAACUCGGUGCUCUGCUUCUUGUUUUUGCAGUAACUCCUCCAGAAGCACUGACUCAACAUGGCAGACAUUCACUCCUUGCUUUUCUCUGCUCUGGAUGAUCUGGAACGAGAUGAUCUGAAGCGCUUCAAGAUGUACUUGCAGCAGGGCGUCGCUGAAGGUCUAGGCCGCAUUCCGAAGGGUCAGUUGGAGGACAAGGGGGUGACCGAUGUGGUUGAAAAGAUGGUGGUGAGCUUUGGAAGAGAGGAGGCCCUCAGAGUGACUCUUCUGAUCCUGAAGAAGAUCAACCAAAAUGACCUCGCUCAACAGCUGGAAAAAGAAUACGAAAAGCAGAUCAGUGAACAGCAGAGGGAUAUGAGGAGGGCUGAGGCUGAGAAUCAGAUUGAGGAGCACAUUCAGAAGCUGGAGCAGGAAAUUGCUGAGCUGAGGAGGAGAAAUUCAGAGUUGGAGCAGCUUCCACUUGGGGAGGACUUUGUGAGCCCCACGCAAAGCUCCCCAACCCAGUUCCCAUCCAGUGCGGAGGAGGACACAUCCAACAAGCCUAAUCAAGCGACCAAACCAAAAGAGUUAUUGAAAAAAGAUGUGGUUAAACUGGAGGACAAGCUCAGGAGAGAAAGACUGAGUCUUAAAGAGCUCAAGGAAAGAAGACAGCAGAAAAGUCAAGAUUCUACACAGGAAUUGAAUUCCAAGUGCUGCGAUGUAAAGAAACCUCAGCCUCAGCCACGCUCUCCCCAAACAUGCGACAAGUCAGAUCUGCCCAGUUCUGUCUUAGUUUCUUCGUCUUCUUCUCCAUGUUCCACAGCCUACAAAGAACCAGAACCUUUGAUUCAGUUGGAGGAAGCUUUGGACUAUACCUCAUCCGCUCCUCAGUUCAUGCCCAAAACUGCCACCCUUGCUGCUGUACAGCAGGACCUUCUGAGAAGUAGACCGGGAGACCUUCUCAACAUGCCAGGGAUGUUCACAGGGCCCUCAGGUGUCCUGAGAAGCCCACAACUCACAGCUGGAACUCACCUAAUGAAUUCCAAUGUCAUAAGAGACAUCAGUGCACUGCAUUUAGGAGUCCCCCGGUCAACAGGAAAGCGUCUUUCUCUGCCUGAUAUCAAUACUUUUGGUUUAUAA